UGUACUAUAGGGUGUAUACUUUAAUUCUGUCAUUGAAUGAAUGAAAUAGAAUAAAUUAUAUAUACAAGACUGAUAAAUAUUUGGCAAAAGAAAGUCUGUUAUCUUAUAAAAGGAUGUGAAGUAUAACCCCAUGUGUAAAGAUGUAUUUAAUAUAACAGAUGUUAUUUACUGGAUUUGAUUAUUUUUGUCUUUUUUUUUUCUGGAAGAAAAUACAUUUGUACUAGGAAAUGUGGUUCUACAGUUAAAGGUCAUGAUUACUGAGUUUUCCUAUAAGGUGAAAGGUUAAAAGGUCAAAGUGAGACUAGAUGAGAUAGAAAUCAUGACAUCUGGUUCUAAAUACACCCCUACAGAGCAUUGGUAUGUUCCGAAGACAGGGGACCGGUCCACUAUUGGACAGAAGAAGAUCGAUGAGUUACAAAGACAGAUAUUGAAGAUGGAAAAUGAUCGGAAAGAUAGAGAACUGCUACGACAAAAACUUGACCGUCUUCAAGCUGUACAGGAUGAGAAAAGAGAAGUGGAAGAUAAAGUCUUGGAAAGAAACAGUAGAAACAGCACACCCAGACUUCUACAAAGUGAGAUGGAGAGAUUGUAUGGGAGAGACUCACAUUUAGAUAGGAACAACAGUCCUGGUCUAGAUAGGAAUGUUAUAGAAACAGUGAUACAGCAUAGGACCAAAGAAUUCUCACAAAAACAACAGGAGGCAGCUCUUAAAGCAAAGUACUUGGAUAAAGAGCGACAACGUUUAGUAGAAGCUAGGAGACGUGUUGAGGAGCAGAGACGGGCAUUACUAAACACGAUGUCACCGACGGAGCAGAGACCCAUAGAUCCGGGGCCAUCAGGGAAGCCAGCACAAGGGGUAGACUCUUACAUAAAGUCCACAGUGGAAGCACUGCCACAGGCUAUGGAUAAAAUAUGGAAAAUCAGGGAGGAUUUGCAGUCCCAUUAUAACUACUACAAGAAACCUUACAAUGGAGAGCUGGGCUUGUCCAGUUAUCAGCCAUGGCAGAUACAAGAUUAUUUCAUGAGUCGGGAUAUAGUGAACGAUGUUGUAGAAGACUUCCUCAACCUUUAUUUUGUACAUGAUGAUGUAGUGGAGAAAGGCACAUACAAAGCCAUGUUGGAGGAGGAGAAGGUGUGGAUGCAGAGACAAUCAGAGUCUAUAGCAGAGAAAAGAGCAGUACAUCUUAUUGCAGAGGAUAUACAACUAGAUGUGACAGCAGACAUGACAGAUGAAGUUAUAAAGGAGAUGUAUCAUAUGUAUGGUACCUUCAAAAAUAUGACAGAUUCCAUGUUAAUGGCUGAAGCAGAGAUGAUCUCAACAGGGAAGGAUACAGAGAGGGACCCGAGUGAGCGUGCCUUCAAUAUGGUCACUAAAGCUUAUUUUGGUGUGAAAGAAAAUAGAAAUAGGCACAGGGAUGAUAUUUGGGGUCACUCUCAGUAUGCUCAAAACAAGGUGAAGAAACGUAAGAUUACUAGAAAAGCUGGAGGAGAAGUUGUUGAGGAAGUGGAGGAGGUGGAGGAAGAGGAGGAGGA